AUGGAUUUGCCAUCAGUAUUGGUGAACUAUCCUGUGCCACUAGUUGCUCUUCAGGAUAUGGUAUCGCUGGCGAGCCCCUAUCAAGUGGAUAUAGGGGGGCCUUCUGUUAGUCACUUCUCAUGCGAAUGUGAGGACUCAGUUCUCCAGACGACAGCCCAUCGGAUUCAAGAUAUGGAUCCACAAUUGGAAGGAUUGCGCUUUAGGAAACCUAUAGUCAAAUCAAGAGAGCUUAAUUGCAACUCUGGACAGCCUCAUCGUGAUAAUUUGCUUAUUAGGCAGGUUUUGCAGACGUAUAAUCGGAGUUCCAGCCCUAAAAUAGUGAAACCCAAAUUGAAGGUGAAGAGACUCAAAAUGAACGUUGAACCUAUUGACGUAAAAGAGCUCUAUUUCACUAAAAAGCCCUUGCUUGAGCUAAAGACAGCCACGGAAGAUACAAUUGCUGCAAGCUCUAGUUCCUUGAUUUUUCAACCGGAUCAGGAGAAUGAAAAAUAUACACAGGAGAUCAUUUCUACUUUACAAGAGAUCGUUUUGGAGGAACAUCUGGAACACCAUCAUUUACUGAGAAUAAUGGAUCUCUUGUAUCAAUUAGAUACAAAUCGUGCAGAACUGAAACUAGAUACUCAGGUAUUAAGAAACGUUCAAAAGGCAACUCUACAACUAAUAACAGAAUCAUUAGAGAAUGAACAAGACUGGGACUUGACAUUCAAAGGUUUUUAUUGUCUUCUAAUCAAUUUAACUAUUUUAAACCUGGAUAACGACAAACUUUUGCACUUGGAUACUUGUCUCAAAAGUUUAGUGACAUUUUUUUGUACCAAGUAUGAAGACAUUAUUGAACCUCUAAGUACACUAUCCAUCGGCGAAUCUACAGUGACUACAGAUAGCUUUAGUCUGAUUUUUGAGUUAUGCAAACAAUCAAUAGUGGCACUUUCAAUAUACUGCGUCAAUCAUAGGCUUGAUGACUAUCUUUUCACCAGACUCGAGUACGUUUGCAUCACAAUCAUAACUCAUCAUACUGAUCAUAAGAGGAAAAAUCUUCUAAUGGACUACUCACGAUUUAGCCCUUUGAAAGUUGCUGCCUCCGACCUACUACUAUCUAUUUUCAGGUUUUUCCCAGAUCAGAGAGAGUUUAUUCUCACAGAAUUCUGCUAUGCAAUACACAAACUAGAUGAGAGAAACUCCAAAGUAUACAGGGUGCAGAGUGUAAUACUAGAUGUUUUCACUGUCACCCUUAUUAGAAUGAUUCAAGUUGAAACUCUUGAUUUUAGGCAGCUUAGUUUGUCUGAAGUGACUAAAGUUCACGAUGAAAUUCAGAAUAUUCUACAAAUAGUAUUUGCAACUUUGAUGGAACGUGUAGUGGACCAUCCAAAGUUGAGGAGUAAACUUGAAUAUCUGAUUCAAGACGUGCUACAAGUACUUUCCGACCCACAUUUUCCUGGAGCUUCUCUUCUAAUCAAAAGGUUUAUGAAAGGUUUAAGUGAGUCUAGUGAUAACGACAUUUCAAUUCUUAUUGCCGGGCUGAUUGCCAAGUCUUUGAAUGAGAAGUUGAAUUUUGAAAAUAGAGAAAAAAGUUUUGACCUAUCAAUGCUACCCAACCUUUUGCUACAACUGGACUGGAGUGCUGCUACCACAAUACUGGUCAACUGUAUUGUCAGUUCUCCGAGCCCAGAAGAUACUCUAUCAAAGCUUGAUUUCAGUAAUUCUACUGGGAAAGCUCCGCCUGACGUUGACGUUAAUAUUUACAGCUUAUAUGAUGAAGUGUUGAACUCCCAAAGUUUGCUACAAUUGUACGAUCGAUUUUUGGUUAUGAUGCUUAACAAUUUGGACAGCAAAAAGCCUAAAACUCGUCUUAAAGCUAUGAAAACGGUUUCUCUUCUCCUUUCAAGAGAAGUUUUAGACUAUUCCACAGUUAAAAAGAUCUUUAUUAAAGGUCUUCGGGACAGUUCGCCUAUCAUAAACAAUUGGAUUAUUCAAGAAGCCUCUAAAUAUAUUGACAAAGAGCCCUAUUUGACUGACUUCUAUCUACUGAUUCUGGACAAACUUUUUGAUGAGAGUAUCUCUGUGAGGAAAGGUGCUCUUAAGUGUCUCAAAUCCAUGUAUAUAGUCACACAAGAUGUAUCUAUUCAGGUACAAAUUGCUGAAGGUGCCUUAAAGCUACUGGAGGAUGAAGAGGAAUCGAUGGUCAUGCUUGCUGGGGAAACACUUUUAGAACUAUGGUUCUACUCUCUGGACGUAAUGAAUAAUGAGGACAAUCCCGCAGCAUAUAGAUUGGGUGUUCAUGCGAGGGUCGAAAUAAUGGCACAGCUUCUGGCCAGGAGUAAUAAGAAUAAGGACAGCUUUGUGGAGUUUAUAAGGUCUUUUUUGAACGAUGAAAAAAAUAAUGAUACUAAUUCUUCAAGAAUGGUACUCAGAUCCAUCAAAGCAAUUGCAGAUAGCUCCUUGGAAUCUAUUGUUGAAAACGAAGGCAAUGGGAAGGCGGAGCAUAUGAUGUGCUUAACUUCAACUUUAGUCUUGAUCAAUGGGGAAAUUUUGAACCAAGACCAGCUUGUGUUUUUGAAACCUUACUUGGAUGAACAUUCGAAUACUGUUACUUGUUAUUACACGCUUAAACUGUUUAAACACUCCCUUCCAUUAAUGAAAAAUCUGGCUUCUUCUUUUACUUAUGAGUGCUUAACCCUGUUAUUGGAGAAACUCACCAAGUUCAAUGUCAAAGAGCUGUUUGAGGCGAUGCCGACAGUUUACUACCUUAGCAAACUUCAAAACGAUACUAGAUACGUCAAUGCUGCUAUAUCGUGCUUGCGUCUUUUACGACCAUUUGUUAAUUCUAACCAUGAGGGAGACUUGAAUGCAAAGCUAACCAGAUUGCUUUACCUUGCAGGAUCAUUUGGAAGAUGCUGCUACUUUGAGACGUAUCGUGACUUAUUUGAAAAGAAUAAUAUCACCAUACAACCUAACGAGCCAGUAGUUAGUGUAUUUGUGCGUUCACUGUUACUUUUUACGAAGCCUCCGAUGAGCCGUAAAAUACGUCGAAUUGCGAUUCGAAAUCUAAUGGAAUUAUGUGUAACGCAUCCCAAGUUCUUCCUCUCUAAACCCUUGGUGACAAUCAUGGAUGAAGAAUUACAGUCUGACUACGUGGAUACUAAAGAAGUGAUUAUACAAGGGAUUUUUGAGUUCCUGAGCCAGCAUGAAGAAACUAGCAUUAACAAUUCAGAUCAUUCUAACAAAAACUCAAAGCAGAUAUCCUUGGAUGUAGAAGUGUUUCAUGGAAAAUCACCGUCAUUUGUGAAUGAGAGUCUGGGUGUCUCAUUGGUUCACAAGUAUAUGCCUUACAUUCUGAAAAUGUGCAUCUUUGAUGAAGGAUACUACUCUUUGCUGCCAGUUAGAUUUAUCGACUUUGUUGUCAGAUUGGGUAUGGCAAACCCAAAAGUUUGUAUUUCUACAAUUGUUUGCUUAGAGUCUUCUUCCAACAGGACUAUAAGGAGUCUUGCUCUUCAGAUACACCGUGAGCUGCACAACAAACACGAAAGCCUGAUAGAAUCAAGCUACGUAGAGGGUGUCAGAAUGGCAACUGAAUACCGCAAAGCCCAUUCUAAGGAUAUGUGGAAAGAGACAUUUUUUCUGCCCUUGUUUUUAACAAUCUUGGGCGACAAUAAAAGUUCCCGAAGAAAAUUCUUUUCUAAUCUUUUACGGUCUUUUAUCAACGAUGUAAGAAUUUUAACAGAAAGUGAUUCCCAAGCCUAUCGAGAUUAUGUCUGCUUCGUUGUCUUGAAUUUAGCAAAUGUUAGUUUUAUCACAUUAGAGGAAGUUUACCUGAUAAUACGAGGUAUAGAUGGGUUGCUUAGUAAACAAGGUGCACCCCUUUCCGCAGAAAUUGAUAACCAGGAGAAUGAGCAUGACGGUGAAGGAUUAUCAUGGCGAGGACUGAGUUUUUUAGUUACGGCUUUCUUGACUUUGGAACAGUUCAAAGAGUUUCUCAUUUCUCGAUAUGGCGUUUUAGAAGAAAAAUUAUUAGAGUUUAGGCCUCAAAAAGUGGAUAAGGAGUUACGGCAGCCUAUUAGGCAGUUCAACGAAAAGAAGUUAUUCGACCAGAACAAAGUUCUACACCGCUUUGACAUGGACCCUAAGGAAUUAAGUCUUCAAUUUUCCCGAAACUGGAGCUGA